AGUCUCCAGACACUGACAACAGACGCGCUGCCCUGCGAGAACCGAACAAUCAGCAAACAGCAUACCGACCUCUCCAAACACAUGAGGGGGGAGGGGGGCGGGCAGGUGAAGCUACGGAGGAGGAACGGAGUCGUUUAAAAAAAAAAUAGAGCAGAAAAAGAGGACAGAAGAGGUGACGCUGUCCGGGACUUGCAGCACUCCGUCUAGCGCGAGAAAUCACCGCCUCGACCGUCAUAUCUGACCACCGCUGCGGGAUGAAGUCCCAAUGACCUGUCACAAGAUGUCACAGAAAAAGAUAUUCCUGGUCCUCAUUGUUAUCUGCACAGUCAGUCUUCUACUGCACCGUGGGGGCCAUUUUAACUGGAACAUGGAGGUUUUCCAUCCUGGAUGUACGACCCUUCCCUCUCACCCUGCUCCAGGCCUGAAACCAAAGCAAACCAACAUUGUCUUCCUCAAGACUCACAAAACGGCCAGUACCACCAUGCAGAACCUGCUGUUUCGUUUCGCGGAGCGUCACAACCUGACGGUGGCAUUGCCUGUACAGGCCUGUGGUCAUCAGUUUUGCUACCCACGCUCUUUCGCCUCCCAGCUCAUUCACCCACACACACUACCAGCCAACAUCAUCACCAACCACAUGCGCUUCAAUAAGGCCGAGCUAAAACGUUUGAUGCCAAACGAUACAAUUUAUAUUACAAUCCUUAGGGAGCCAGCCUCUAUGUUUGAGUCCUUGUUUAGUUACUACAGCCACCAUUGUCAGAGCUUCAAAAGGGUCCCCAAUGGCUCCCUGGAGGCUUUCUUAAAGGAACCCUUCCGCUACUACCGGCCAGAAGAGAAUGAGUCUGUGUAUGCACGCAACACACUGACCUUUGAUUUGGGUGGAAAUAAAGAUCGACCGGCAACAGAUGUGUUAUAUGCAAAAGCCUUUGCAGAAGAGGUGGAGCGAGUCUUUUCCUUGGUAAUGAUUUCUGAGUAUUUUGAUGAAUCUCUAGUUCUUCUUCGCCAUCUCUUUUCUUGGGAUUUGGAUGACAUCAUUUAUAUCAAACUCAACAUGCGGACAUCAAGUUCUAAAAGGAGCCUUACACCGGAUCUUGAUGCAAAGAUCCGUGCCUGGAAUUCCAUAGAUGCAUAUCUUUAUGACCACUUUAAUGCCACAUUGUGGCGCAGACUGUCAGCCCUUGGUCUAGAGUGUGUGACAAGGGAGGUCCGACUCCUUCGUCAGGCUCAGGAGAAGCUGAUGAGGACCUGUUUUGGUAACCAGAUGCCAAUUUUCCGCUCAGCUGCGGAGAUCAAAAACAAGGAUCUUCGCCCCUGGCAGCCCAGUGAAAAAGUGGACAUAGUCGGUUACGACCUCCCGGGAAAUAUUAGCCAUGAGGCACAGGCGCUUUGCCGCAAGUACAUCUUGCCAGAGGUCUCAUACACACAGAUGCUUUUUAAUUCUCAGUCAUUACGGCAUCGUCGGAUCUUUCAGAAACAGACUACACAGAAGUCGCACUCACUCCAGCCACCUAUACACACAAUCCUGCCUCGGCAUUCUCAGGUUUAUCGAAGCCAGCUGCCAUCCACUGAUGCUGUAGGCACACCACCAAGAAAAGGAUCCACAUCCACCCAAAAGCCUGCAACAGACAACAAAAUGUUUAAACCUAGAUUUACAAAUACCAAGGCCUGAAAGAAAGAGAAAACCCAACAGACUGCAUAGUUCUACCCAACCUGAACCUUGAAGCAAAGAUGCUUGGUUGGUGGUUGACUGUGGGAACAGAGUGGUCCUUGGGAAAAAGUAUUUAAUAUAUAACUUUUUUUUUUUAUUUCUUCUUUAAAGAACAACAGAAAAAAAUGGAUAAAAAUGAAAAGGGUUAAAUACAUACCUGGACUUGAUCUUGAAUUUCUUUCCUCCCUGGAUUGUGAAACUGUAUCAGGGAUGGAAAACUCAAAGACUGUAACUUGGCCCCUUUGUUCAUUUCUGCAUGCCAACCACAGUGGAUGGUAGUAGGAUUUAGGUGAAAGUGUUUCUUUGAAGGAAUGGGUUACUUGGAAGUGGUGAUAUUGGGUAAGUCACAGAGUCUGCUUUGUGUAUUAGACUUGAAAAGUAUCAUGUUACUUCCUUUUAUUUCCUUUCUUGAGCUCUGUUUCACUCUCUCUUGUUAACAUCUAGAUUGAAAGUCCUGGAAAGCCUUAAUGACACAAAGGGAUCAGCUGUCAGGCCCCCAAAGACAGACAUUAAGUUCAUCUGUUAAAACAACAGCACAAAACAACGUUUCUUCCAUUUUCACAAACUGGGGCUCAAUAACCCUUUUCUUCAAGGGCUACUAUCCUACAGGUUUUAAAUGUUUCCUUGCAGCACAUGAUUCAAAAUAAAUGGAUUUCUCCAACAGCUUGUCAAGUCAAGCUUGCAUAAGUCUGUUAAUGAUUCAUUGGUUUGAGUCAGGUGUGUUGCAGCAGGGAAACAUCUACAACCUGCAGGGUAAUAGUCCUCGAGGACCAGGGUUGGUGAGCUCUGCUCUAGAAAUUAAAGUGACCAAGUGAGAGGAUAAAAAGCCUGAAAGCAAGUCUAAAAACUGCUGGUUUCUCACUUUAACCACCCAUUACUGCUAUGACUCACUCAGAGACUUAACAUACUUACAGCAUAAAAGCUUGUCACUCCUUUGUCUUUGACCACCUUUGCUUCCACCCAACAUCUUUAUCUCGGUUUAACAGCCUCUCAUUCUUUUCUAAUAUCCUCUGGUGAAGGUUUCCAUACAGAAAAAAGCACAAACCCAAAGAUAAAAAAAACAGUCAGAUAUUAAUGGAUUAUGAAAUUUAGUAUCUAAAUAAAUAAAAAAAUUUGCAACUGCAUCAGUACCAAUGUUACCAUUUUCAUGGAGUUCCUGCAUGUGGUGGACAACUUGCAGCAGCUGCAGACAGACAAAAAGCGCUUCUCUCACUCACAGCUGAACACACGAACACAGGUGCUGCUGGUGCUGCUGCAUAAAGCUUGAACACUUCAUCACACUAUCAUUCUCACUUUAUCCAUUGUAAGGAAAUAAACAUAAUGUAUUUCACAUACCACUUUACUUAGGCCCAACAUUUCAGAAGAAAACUAGUUUGUUGACUUGACCUCAAAUUUUAAAUCUGAGAUAGUGUCGAAGCAUCGAUAAGAGCAGCAAACUUCAAAGGAUUUAAAUAAAGAAAAACAGAAAAAGCCAGUUAUUUAAAACCCAAAUCUUCACAAAGAGUAUGAGGUCCCACUUUCAUGGUCUGUUUUCAUACUGAAAAUCAAGACUAAAUGAGCUUUUGCCCAGCAGCAUUUUAAAGACAGGAAUCAAUUUCAUCAGCCCGUAGGAGAUUGAUAUGGUAAUAAAUUCCACUACAUCCAACCACAUUGUGAAGAAAGAGCUGCUGUCCACUACAUUUAAGAUUUACUGCAGGUUAAUUCUGAUUUAAACAGUGAACGCAUUUCACUGAAAACUUGAUGUAGAGCUCCCAUUUUCAGUUAGGAGACCCAGUGCUGUAAAUGCAAAAGUUAGUGUGUAGCUUUGGUAAUCAAAAGUGUUUCAGGCCUUUUUGGCUCUGUAAUAUCGAAAAUGGUAUUAAAUACCGGGACAGGUCUACUAACAUCUCAUUUUUCUUCACCCUGCUCUGCUUUUGACCAUUAACUGCAACCGCGUCCACCGACAGACUUCAUUUUGAAUGCAAGGUUUCUGGAAGUGGAGUUAUUUCUAUAUUUAUUAACCAACCAGUAAGCCCACAGCACAUAUACAUGCACAGUGGCUCACACAAAAAAAUAUAGCAGCUAAGCAGGACAAAAACCUGAAGCCUGUGGGUCACAGCAUUUGAAUAUUUAAUGGUCUCUUCUCACAAAACUUCCUAUGGCCCAUGUUCUAAGGUUACAUAGCUGUACAUUUUCAUCAAGGACAUGUUUGACAGAGUGAACACUGCUUGUUGUGAAGCACAGGAUGAUAAAGCGAGUUGUCGGAUGGACUGGCUCAGAUCUCAACUAUCAACCCUUUUCUCUGCUGUGAUCCAUUUUAAAUGUGAUCUGUUGAUAUAUUAGCUUUUUUUCUGGUUGUCAGUGGGGAUUACUCUGUAACUAGACUGCUAAGAAACAAUAAUCCUGUGAGAAAGUGAGAAUAUGUUUGUAAUCCAGUAAAUUAAUCGCUGCUUUAUUUUUUUUAUUUAUUUUUUUUUUGUUGUUUGUUUUUUUUGUAUGUUUUUUUUUUUUAACCCACAGGGUCUAGCUGGGUUUUCUUUAGAAAAACCUUACCGUAGCAGGGAUUAUGACCAGAAGUUUACUUUGUGGGGUAUUUAUAUGUCCAUGCACUUGGAUUUGAUCAAGUUUGCAUCUGAAGAAAAUACAGUGACUAAAUUUUAAAGGGUUGAAGUCGGGAACAAAAUUCCCAACUACGUUAAUGUGUGAACUAAAACAAAUAUUGUUUGCAAAAGUUAUUGAAGUUAUAUAUUAUUUAUUAUCAGGACCUUAAGAGUCCCAUUGAUGUAUUGUGUUUUAAAACUUUAUUUCUGAUGUGUUACUAGAGAAAAGUUGCUUUUUCUAUUGAUGCACUGGACCAUCCUAUGAACUAUGUAUUACAAAACAUACUGCAGCAGCAUAAAAUAUUCAUCCUAUACACAUUUUACAUAAAACACGAUUACAAAAACCUCUUCUAAAAAAAAACAUAUUUAAUCGAGUGCAGCUGCUUUCAAAUUAAUCUUUCACUCAGCAGCACUUAAGUGCUCAACCACACAAUGGUGUCGUGGUUAGAGUCGAUCACACUGUUAGAAAAAAAAGAAACAUUGCUGCUGUUAUGACAGGAAGAGAAGUGAAGCAGGUGGGAAAAAAUAUGUCUGCAGGACAGGAUUUAAUGAUGUGGCUGAAUAUCUGAAUUCAAAGCAGCCUAUAUGAACAGGCCAGUCAAACAGUUUUCUUUUGAGAAAAUGAGCAAAUGUAUUUUAUUUAUUAAAUGACGUAUGAAUGUGUUCAAAUAUGUGAAAUUUGGACAAGAUAGAAGAUAAUUUUGUCAAAACAUGAGGCUGGGUGUAUUUAACUUAACAAAUCCCAGCCUGCCAGUCUGUAACAGUGGAGGCAUUAAUCAUUAAAACAGAUUACACAUAUACUAAUGUAGUUUUCAGGAAGUCUUUUUAAAAUAACUGUAAAUACUGCCUUUAUAUGGGGGCAAUUUUCAGCAGAGGAUGACUUUCUGAUUCCAUAAGGCGAAAUUUCACCCAUGCCAUGGGACUGCCACACAAUGUGUUAGCAGUUUGGUUUUGUUUUUUUUUUAACUCUGAAAAAGACUUUGCACAGAUGAUCCUUGUAUUAUCAUUUUAUUACUAGUGUUGUCAUGGGAUUUGUGGACAGUAAAAGGAAAACAUACAUCACUAUUUUUUUAAAGCAGCUGACAGCUUAUGUUAAUUCUCAGCAAUAUUAUGAUUAUUUGUGUCAACAAUGUUGUACAGUGUAAUGAAACUGAGUUAUUUCAGCUGCUCCUGGAUCUGUGAUAAAGUGAUGGUAAAUCAAAAUGAUGUGAAACAUGAAAACACUGAUUUUACUGUAUAUGACACAACUUAAGUAUUCAUCGAGACCCAGAGUUUUCAAUAAAAAUUAAAUGAUUCAUUGUGAAAUUAUUGUACUGUCUAUAUAACAGUAGAGUUUGGGAUUUAAUUUCAGAAGGACCCUUUUCAUUGCAAAGUGCUGAUCUGCACACAAAGAUAAAUUAGGUGAAGUCAUUUACUGUUUAUCUCACUUUCUUUUUUUUUAUGCAUUAGCCUGGGUAAACACCAGAAGCAGACCCCCCGCCAUAGCUGAGGUGGCAUUUCUGUGCAUGUUAGAGCAAAACAAAUGAGAAUAUGACUAUUUUCCCAACAAUUUCAAGAAAAUCUGGAAGGAUUUGGGCAUUUCUUGGCUGUUUGAACAACAGUGGAAAACUUAAAUUAUGAAAGAAAAAUGAAUGCGAAGAACACAGAGCUUUACUUCGCGAAGACUGCUGCUGUCUGUGGUUGACACUGUCUGUCCGCUGAUGGCGGUGUGUUUGCAUCGGGGAGGAACAUCGGACAUACAGAGAGCAGAGAAGAAAUGACAUGCUGUCAUAGCAGAGGACACUGGAUUUUCUAUAUAAUAAAAAUAAUUCAGUCAGUAAUACAAAAGGAUAACAUACAGUGUCCUGCAGACCAACUAGUUAUAACAAAACUAUGCCAUCUAACAUGAUAGAAAUUUAACAGCAGUUGCAAAAGUUUGAAACUAUUCCUUUACAAACUUUUGAUAACUUAUUACAAUGAGAUUAAUAUUUAAUAUAUAUAUAUAUUUAUAGUGGAUUGUCAAUUAUUGAAAAGAGUUUCUGAGAUCAUAGUUUCAUUACAUUGAUGCUCUGUCUUAAUAUGAAAAACAGAAUCAUUUUGAGAUCUCCAGAUAGGAUGCCCUUAUCAAUAAAUGUAGAUCACUGUCUAAUGUUGUCAGUUAAGGUAUCCAUGCUGCUGUCCAUUUCAGCAGAUAUGAGACAAUAAUGACUUGCCACCUCAGUAAUGGCGGCAAGGCAAGAUGGCGCAACACAAAAUGGUUGCUGGAUUAGUCUGUAAGUAAUUUUGAACACUUUGGGUCUUCAUGUGGAUUUCUAAAAAAAGACUGCAAGUAUGUGCAUUAAGGGCAUACUGCUGAUGGGCUUGAUGGAGUCAUUUGUACACAAAAUGAAGGUAAACAACGAAAAUAUGAUCAAAGCAGCUAUUUGUUCAUACUUGUCAUCCCAUGUCUGUGACUGACUGGGAUCCAGAUGAAGAAUGUCUCUUGUUUCCUCGCUUCAUUCAUGAUCCAUUAUUUGUGGGCUGCGAGUCACUGUGAGUGCUCUUUUGAUUAUAAGAGCCAUUUGCUGCUUUGCUUCUUGUGAGAGGGUUUCAGUAAUGAUCAUGCUGUCAAGUCUAAAGUGCCCGCUGUUCUUCAAAAAUGCCAGAGGGCUGUUAAGAAGAAGAAAAAAAAAGCUAAAAUCUCUUCAUCUUUACAUCAGCUGCCCUCUGCCUUAGCAAAGCUGUUAUUAUUAUUAUUAUUAUUAUUAUUUGUUUGGUUAGUUUUUUUUAUUAUUAUUUUGUUGCAAAGUGGAACUAUUGCAUUGUCAGAAAAUUAUUGUGUCCCUGCUGAGUCUUAAUGUCAUAUGAAAGUAAAAUGGAAAUGAUUUAUCAAAUUAAUAAUACUCUGACCACAUUUUUCUGCAUAUUUUUUCUGCUCAUAUAUAUUUUUUAUUUUUUGGAUUUAUGUGUAAAUUCAGAAUAAGUAUUAAUAUUAUUAUUAUUAUUGUUAUUAUAUCCUGUUUUUGGUAUGGAUGAAAAGGUUGAGGUGGGUAAUGGGGCUCUGAACAAAUGGCUUGAGACAAUCAGAGCUAGGGGCCCCAAAUCUUUAUAAUGAUGGAUGGUAAAUGUGAUGAAUAAAGUCUUGAGUGAUUUAAAUU